CUCCUUCCCCCGGAUCAUAUAGUGCAGUAGUCUGCAAAGAAAGUGACCAUAGCCAAAGCCUAUCCAGCCCUCUGAGCGGCGGGACUGCGACCAAACGGACUCAUUUACCUCAACGACUGUUUACAAGCUGGGAAAAAGAAAAACGGACCCACAGUUAAAGCUCCUGUUUGAAGCAGAUUACUGUCAGGAAUCAUUUAUAGACACUAAUUUUCCGCACGGCGUAUCUAUGAAGACGCAGGCAGGUUUUUCAUCCUCAACACCAGGGAACAGGGAGUGAUUCACCCCGCUGCCUGCAGCCCCCAUGCCGGGCAUCAGCUCCACCGCGCCUCGUUAUGAAAACUGGGACAUGGACCACCUCGACCACUACCAACAUUAUUUCUACGACGACUACGACCCGGACGAGGAUUUCUUCAAGUCCACAGCGCCCAGUGAGGACAUAUGGAAGAAAUUCGAGCUGGUACCGACCCCGCCCAUGUCUCCUAUCCGGGCUGUGGAAGGGUCGGGUAGGGUCGGGCUGCUGUGCCCGUCUCUCGGGGACAAACUGGAAUGGGUGUCCCAGUUCUUGGGGCAGGACGAUGAACAGCAGCAGCAGCAGCAGGAACUGCCCUACAAACUGACCACGGCUAAUGACUCCUUCGGGAACCUGAGCUCCAUCAUCAUCCAGGACUGCAUGUGGAGCGGCUUCUCUGCCGGGCAGCAACUGGAGAGAGUAGUAGGGGAGCGCUGCGCCUCCUGUCCCGGGACGGGGACCGCUGCCAAAGUCGCAGCCGGAUCCACUGUUCCAUCUCCGGGAAGGGCGCAGUGUGCCCCCGCCGAUGCGCCUGCCCUCAGCGGUCUGGCGGCGGACUGUGUCGACCCGGCUGCGGUGCUCACUUUCCCGCUAACCGGUGGCUGCAAGAAACAAGUGUCUUCUGGUUCAGAGUCCCACAGCGACUCAUCAGAUGACAAAGAAGACAAAGAUGAUGAUGAAGAGGAGAUUGAUGUGGUGACUGUGGAGCACAAGCAGCAACGCAAACCUCGUCGACUGGUCAACACCCGUAAACCUGUGACCAUAACUGUGCGAGCCGACCCCCUCGACCCCGGCAUGAAGCGUUUCCACAUCUCCAUCCACCAACAGCAGCACAACUACGCUGCACCUUCCCCGGACACUCUCCCCCAGCCAGCUGAGCCUCCCCGGAAGAGGGUUCGGCAGGAGGCCUCCACUCACGCGGCCCAUCAUCCGCACCAGAACUCUCAUUACUACCAGCCGCGGCACGGCCACGCCCCCCUGAACUUGGACAGUAGAAAGUCUCAUGUGACCGUGGCUGGAGUCAGGUCGGAGUCACCUAACCUCAGCGCCUCCUCUCCUACCUCCUCCACGUCGCCUUCAUCUCCUCCCUCCUCCUCUUCUUCCUCGUCCUCGUCCUCCCAUUCCCAAAGCUCUCCCUCGAAGCCACACUCCUUCUCCCACCUCUCCAGCCCCCAGUCGUCCGACUGCGAGGACACAGACAAACGCAAGGCCCACAACUUCCUGGAACGCAAGCGACGGAACGACCUGCGCUCGCGUUUCCUGUCGCUGCGGGACGAGAUCCCGGGUUUGGCGGACUGCCCCAAGACGCCGAAGGUGGCGAUCCUGACACGAGCCACGGAGUACCUGCAGCAGCUGCACGCCGGCGAGCGGCAGAAGGCUCAAGAGAGGAAGCAGCUGAAAGCAAGGCAGCUGCAGCUGCUGCAGAGGCUGGCGCAGCUCAAACGAUCCUGAGCGACCGGAUCGGCUGUCACCACACACGUACACUCAACACUUUCAGAUCUGAAUGGGACUACAUGAAGGAGAAAAGACACUGACGUUCACUUUGAGUCGAUCACGUUGGAAUAGUGCGGGUGGAUUUAUUUUUUUUUCUGUUUUCUGUUUUUGUGGUUUGCACAUUAGCUUCUGAGUGAUUGACAAGGCCGUAAGCCGGUCAGGACAGCAAGCUAGGGACUGAUGUUUGUGUGGCAUCUUACGGGCAGAUGAAUAUAUCCAUGGUUACUCAAUAUAGGUUUUGUCAAACUGUUAUAUUCCCCCCUUGCUAAAAAAAAUGUUCAAAGCUGUUACUUGCUACUGGAAGGCCUGCUGUGAAUGAGCAGCUUCCAAUUGAUAAAAGUGCUACACAGUGCUGUUUAACUGCUGCAUGGUCUAGUCAGACGUCUCCUUGAUUGUGAUAGGGCAUGGUGUGAUGUCUCCUUCUAUCAGUCUGAAGGGCCCCCUGAAGUUUCUCUGUAGGUUCCACUUCAAAUUCCAACUUCUUCAUGCUCCCUUGCUCCUUUAGCGCUUGGUGUACAACUUGCAUGUUUUGUCAAGUUGAGCCUCUUUUCUGCUCGGUGUUCCUUUCCGUUUUCCUUUCGUUUGUGUUAUUCUUCAUAGCAUUUAAUCUCCCCUAUUAAUUCUUGUUCCUCUUUUCACACUUUUUCCUUGUCAGCAGUUGAAGUUUCUAGCUUUAUGCUCGCUGCUAGUGAAAAUGCAGCAGGCUAUUGUUGGGCUGCACUGAGCCACAGAAUGAUAAUGUUACAACUGGAAGGAUAUAAUUUGUUCUGCACCUCCGGAGUAGCUCAGGUUCAGUCCUCACUUCUAGGUUCCUUUUGAUAACUUCAGUGUUUUCUUCUUGAUUGAGAGACGUUUAGACAGCAACACCAUGCCCACAGUAACAGCCUGUUUUGUAGCGUUAUUUGGGAAAAAAAAAAAAAGAUAUAUUGCUAUGCAGGCAAUUGUUUGAGAUGUAUCCUGUUUAUUUUCAAGCAACAUAUGCAAAACACUAUGAAAAUCUUCACCAUGAUUUAACUAUAUCUUUUAUUAAUGUUGUGCCAUGGAGACCAGCCAAAAGGUGAAUGUCGGCUUCAAUUUAUCAACCAAAAGAAACACUUAGAGAAUGGCUUAAAUUUAAUCUGUAUGUGUGAGCAACAAUGCCAACUUUUGGAAAUGAAGCCCACUGAGUUCCAAUCGCAUUUCUUUCAUCUUGCUGUCUGAUUACAUUUGUAAAUUUUAUUUUAUUUUUUUCAUUUGGUGUAAUGCCUAUAGAAGCCUUUCAAUAUACGUAGGCUAUCCUGUUGGAUGUUAUGUAUAUAAUACCCUCUCUGUACAGUCCCUUCCAAACCAAAACCAGAGCUGUCUACUAUACUCAUCCUAGUUUCUCUUUGACCCUGUGUCCUAAACCGGGGCCAAGCUUGCUGGCUUUUCAAAGAUAACUCAAAGCUUAUAUUUUUGUUAAUAAAAUGAUUAUGAAAAAGAGUCAAAAUAAAACACUUACUGAACAUUGA